AUGAACGCUCACGGCUGUGCUGCAUGUUGCAGGGAUCUGUCAGCACUGCAUACGGUUGCACCAACCAAAGCCGAGUUCCACGCACAGCUGACGCACACACUAAAGGUGCACGAGCAGCAAGCACUGGUCAAAGCUGUGCAGUCCUUGCGCUCACUGUCAUCGUUGACGAGCGAGGAGCACGCAUCGCCGUGCGUGAGUUGCAAGCGAUCUGAAGAAUGCGCCAGGGCACGUGUGCUGCGGCGACUGCAAGCAGAGCUCGACACCAGCACGGCGAUUGAUGCACCGUUGUCUCGCGCACAGCAACAGCUCUGGACGGCAUAUACAGUGUGCAAGGCGAGCACCGGCACCAUCGACAUCACAGACGUGACCCAUCGCCUGGUACACAUGGUCACAGCGGACAACAGCGGCAGCACCAGCGGCGGCAGCAGCAUGCAGGCGUCCCAGCAGCUAUGGCUGUUGGCAGGUGUACCCGAGCAGCUGCCUUUGCUGUGGCGUGUGCUCUUGCUGCUUGUCUUCUUCCACAGUUGCACGCCGAGCAGAAGUGCGCAGGAUGGUGUGGAGAGCGCACCGUGCGCGCUGGCUGUUGGACUGCCUGCUCACGAGCACUCUUUGUUCACUGCUGGUGGGCAAGCUGGCUGCGAUGCACAAGAGCACAUGCCAAAGGGGCCCACACCUGCUGCAGCCUGCGCCUGCUGGCACGUGUGCCCUUUCGUGCUGCUUCAGCACCAUCUGCCACCCAUGCCGGCACAGCUGACAGCAACCAAUGACAGGUGUGCUCCACACAGCAGCACCAGCAGCAGCAGCAGCAGCAGCAACGGCAACAGCAGCAAAAAUGUGGACAGCAACGGAACUGGCAGCGGAGGUCGCGAGGGUCCCGAUGAACACGACGCACACAUCGACAUCGAUGACCCGGAGUUGUUCGAGCUGCUGUCAGGAUCCUUUCAAUCACAACACAACCAACCCUCACCAUCACCUGCAGCACCGUUCGCACAGCUUCACAGCCAGAAGCAUCAGCACUCGCAACAGCGACAGCAGCAACAGCGACAAGAGCCAGAGACGGCUCAGCGACAGCACCAGCGAUUGAGUCUUGCGUUGUUGGCACAAACAGCUGUGACGAGCAGCGAGUGUGCGUUUCGGCUCCCCACCGAGCACACAACUGCCCUCACACGUCCUGCCCAACCACUUGGGUCGCCAUUUGAGCUGUUUGCGCUGGACACGCUGCUGGCAUAUCUUCGUUUGCUCGGAAACACGGUUGAUUGUGUGGCCAUGUUCCGUGCAUUGGCUGUGCCAAAUCGGAAGCUGUCACCUGGCCAGAUGGCCACACUCCUCUCGGAUCGCACCGCUGUGUCGCCUUACCCAGCCCUUCUCUCAUAUGUCCGCCAACGCACACUCGGCGGUGGCAGCUAUGCGCCAGGCAAUGACCACCCACUGAAGCCUUUGUUUGUCAGCCUACGCGGGUUUGUCUCCACCAUGGACACUCUGCACGACACGUUCAUGGAGGCGGUGCCACUCAAAAUGCACACGCGUGACUACAUACCGCCAGCAGCCGCGGCCCGGAAGGUGCUUGCUGCGGUGGGCAAGGUGUUGAGAUCAAGACAGAGCCAAGUCGACACGGAAUCUGUUGAGAUGGCAGUGCGCUUCGCAAAGGCGGUCCAACACGACCUGGAAGCGCAACCAUCGGGGCAGUGGACAGCAGCACCGGUGCAGCCAAGCUCAUGGAAGCUGCCGCUCUUGGCGUAUGUGAACAGCGUCAGCAUGAAGAGUGCAGACGUUGGCGAGCAGCAACUGGACUUUGAGGAGUGGUCGCCCGAAUAUGAGUGCAGCAGCCCUUCCCUCUUCCAGCACCUGCCCCACCCAUACACCUUGUUGCAGGAGCGCGAGGAAGAUGAAAACGCCCGUGCAAUUGCACCGGCGCCACCGCACUCGCCAGAUCACAACCGCACGAAGAGACCCAAGAAGAGGGCGCCACUGCUGCCGAUUCAAGUCCCUGCUGCACGCGGAGAUGUUGUACGGUGGGAUGCGCCACUCAAAGCGCGUGCUGUGUGCCCUGGUCGCAAGCAAGACCGCCGCAACAAAGACACGGCAGGCAGAACCCAGCGACAGCGCCAAUCGCGGCAGCAGGCGCACCAGCCGUCUCCCACAUCGUCAACGCCUGAGGCCACGCAGCCCCCACUGUCCACAACACGGCCAUCAUCACCGUCACCACUUCCACACCCGCGGAAGCAGCAGGGCGCUGGCUCGCACAGCACACAGCGGCCAACCAAGCAGCCACAACAGCAGACGCGCAACAAGAAACAGCAGCAGAAGCAGCUGCGCCGCCGCCGGCACAAGAAAGCGAGUACACCUGUUCUGGCUGGUCAGCGCACCAUCCUUGGCUUCCUUCAACCCAGCCACUAG